AUAGACCCGGCCUGGUCAAGUGCCCCUCACACUCACACAUUGUUCUGUGUCCAGCUGUGCCUUGUUCUUCUGUGGGCUGAGAUGACGACAGAACAAGUGAGGGGGUGGACGGAGAGAGGCAGAGAGAGAGACUGAUUCAGAUUGAGAGCCGUAUGCUCAUUCUGUGUGAACAUCUCACUGUGAUCUCAAUGUGUGCAGCCUGAGGUAAAAUGAUUUCAAUUACACGUUUUGUUAAGAGCAUCCUGUCUUAAACCACAUCUUUUCAAUGUGUGUUGGUGUUUUGUUCAUGCUUACUCUGUGCUUAACACCCCCUUUCUGUUGUUGAGUGCUGUGGAAUGUGUUAGUUGACAGUAGUCAGCGAGGGGGCUAAUGGUGUGAGGCGUUUUUUACGUGUACAGAAAACACUGGGGUCCAAAGGACAGCUGUUAAGACAAAUGUCAAGUGUUUACAUUCUGUCAAUUGGAGGUUUAAGCUGUUUGCUCAGGGAUAUUUGCUCACUGAGUCUUGUAAGCAAAACCUGUAUUCAUAAAGAUAAACAGCUCUGUUCAAAGUCAGCCUCCGGCACGUUGGCUCUCUGUGUACCUCUCGCUUGGUAAAAGGGUAUUGUAAUCUGUUACAGAGCCGGAGUAGAAAACUAUCCCAAGAUGCAGUGGUGCAGGUGGGCUGGCAGUUGGAGAUCACACCUACCAGGACAGUCUGCAGGGCCGGAGAUUGAGGACUCUUUCGACUUUCUUUUUAAAAUCAUCCUGGUUGGGGACUCAGAUGUGGGGAAGACGUGCGUGGUGCAGAGCUUCAAGUCUGGGAUAUUCAUCGAGAAGCAGCAAAACACCAUCGGGGUGGACUUUACUGUUCGCACCCUGGACAUCGACGGGAAGAGGGUGAAGAUGCAGGUGUGGGACACGGCAGGACAGGAGCGUUUCCGCACCAUUACUCAGAGCUACUACCGCAGUGCCCACGGGGCCAUGGUGGCCUACGACAUCACACGCCGCGCCACGUUUGAAUCUGUUCCCCACUGGAUCAGGGAGGUGGAGCAGUUUGGAGCUGCCAGCGUGGUGCUGAUCCUCAUUGGUAACAAGUCAGACCUUCAGGCUCAGAGGCAGGUGUUGUUCGAGGACGCGUGCACUCUGGCAGAAAACAACAGUGUGCUGGCUGCUCUGGAAACCUCAGCCAAGGAGGCUCAGAACGUCGAGGCGGCCUUCAUCCUCAUGGCCCGGGAGCUGCUGGCGCGCAACGGCAUGACCAUGAUAGAUGAGAUUUCCCAAGACUCGUCUCAGUUUAUGUUAAGUAACAGCUCCCACCCUGUUCACGGUGCUGCGUCUUCAGAUAAAAAGUGUGGAUGCUGAAUGGACUGAAGCGGGGAUGUAUUGUUGUAGUUUAGGAGAGACUACUUAUGUUGCAUUGUGUGUUUGAGUGUGUGAAAGUUUUGUACACAUUGACUUUUAAUAUUUAUAGUUAGUAGAUUCAGUAACGUUUAAAUCACAGUUGCGUAUUUUGUAAUUUUCUCCUGAGGAUAACUGCUGCUGAGUGUGACAGUGACUGGUGCAAGUCUGUACUAAGACUGUACUACAGUAUACACAAUGUUUUGAGUGGACAAGCAA